AUGUCGGCAGACUUGUUGGCUGAGUUUGGCCAGGGCUCUGGCUCUGCGCCGAGGUCCGGCCAACCCCAGAACACAGAGCUACAAACAGACUCAUUGAUCUCUGGGUUUGAUCAAUCCGACGAUAUAUUCUUUGGCGGGUCGCAACACAAAACCAAUUCCCAUCUUUCCGAUCCAAGAGCGCCGUCAACUCAGUAUGCGCCUUCAGCUCCCAAGCAGCCUCCCGCAUUUCAGGCAUUCGAUUUGCCUAGACAACAUGAUAGCGACAUUCUAUUCGAUGCUACCGAGGACACACCUGCGAGCGAGGAGGAUGAUGACUGGGGUGAAUUCGAAGGUCCAGAAGCUAGUAGAGAACGAGACCAGCCGACCACCUCCACGGCCAUGACACAAGAAGCAAAAGCUCCAGCAACCAGACCUCAGCCUCAAGUCCCGAAAGCCCCGAAAGCCCAUGCAACAGUCGACUUAUUAGAUUCUCUUUCCUUGGAUGACACAUCACCAGCUACCCGUCAGCUUCCCAAGCCGAGCCUCCAGAAAACCCCCCAAGCCAGGUACCCUCCACCUGAACCAUCAUGGGAUGACGACUCAUUCGGUGAUUGGGGAGAUUUUACCGAUGGUCCUUCUACCAAACCAGUUCCAUCAAAUCUCAACCCAAAGAAGGCUCUGCAAGCCAUAAAAUCCACACCUCCACAACCAGGUUGGGAUGACACCUUCGAGGACUGGGGUGACUUCACCGACGGCCCAAGCACAGUGCCAGCACCCCCAAAACCAACCCCCAAACUAGCCUCACAACCCUCAACCACAAGUCCACCAUCACGAAGCUUCAUGUCCUCAACACCAACAUCCCCCCCAACCGUCCGACCAACCAAUAUCCCCCCACCAUCCGUCCUCCUCGAACUACUAGUGGACCUAUUCAACAACCUCCAAAAAGAAGCAGCCACCGCAAAGCGUCAAACACAGUCAGGUGUUACAACAGCAACCACAAUCCACAACACACUCGAAACAGCAUCUCGCAUCAUAGCCGGCCGCACGUUGCGCUGGAAACGUGACACCAUCCUCAGCCAAAGCAUGCGGAUCGGACCCGCAGGUAAACCAGGUGGAAUGAAACUAAGCGCGGUGAACAAGCACGAAGAUGUAAAGGAAGAACAGGACGCCGUGGAUGUAUUGUCCUUAUGGCGUGAGCGCGCUGCUCUGUUCAAUGCGGUUAUCCAAGCUGCGGGGCUACGGCCUAUCCCGCCUAUUCCGAGUCCCAGUGCAUUGAAGGUUAUUACAGCGAAGCCGGAGCAGGGGGGUAUCAAGGCGAGUCAUGCUUGUGCGCUUUGCGCGCUGAAGAGAGAUGAGCGUGUGCUCAAGGUUGAUGAGGAUGUGCAGGAUAGUUUUGGGGAGUGGUGGACAGAGCAUUGGGGACAUACGUGGUGUCGGAUGUUUUGGGAGAGGAAUUACGGGCUGCUUGGGCAGCGAUGA